ACUAAUUAUUAUACAAACUAUGAUUUAAUUUAAAAAUAUUCCUACAAACGCAUUUAUUAAUUUUAUUGAUUGGGAAUGAAGCGACGAAGAAUGUCUGCUGAAUGUGAAAUGGAUCAUUCAUAUGCUAUGCCUAAUGUUAAUGAUAAUUCAAACGCUCUAUUAAAAAAAAUUCAAAAUGUCUACGCCAACAAACUAUUAAAUGAUAUUACCCUCAUCGUGGGUGGAAUAUCAUAUCCGGCUCACCGCUUCAUGUUAUGUAUAUCCAGCGAUGUGUUUGAGACCAUGUUAAUGAACUCAAUAUGGAGUGACUCGCAUCAAGAAGUCAUCGAGCUACAAGAAGUGCCACAGUGUAUCGAAGUAUUUCCAGUUUUUCUCCAAUAUUUUUAUACUGGUGUAAUAACGCUCGAGCAAUCUAAUAUUAUGCCAAUGCUAGUGUUGGCUGACAAGUAUAAUGUCAAGGAUCUUACAGUACUGUGUGUUGAAUAUAUGUGUGAACAUAUAGCUGAUGCCGCUGACCAGGGUCAAUUAGUAACUUGGUUUCAAUAUGUGUUGUCAUUAAACCAACCAACCACAAUUAAUGCUUUAUACUAUAGUAAAAUUUGGCAAGAUACUGAGUGUAUGGAUAUCAAGGCACCGUGGAAUAAAUUACUUAAAGCUUGCAGAAAUUAUAUAAAAUGGAAUCUUGAUUCUUGUAUCAAAUGUUUCAAUACAUUUCAAUGUGAUAUUCUUGUUGGGCUAUUGAAACAGUCUGAUCUUGUGGUACAUGAUGAAAUGCAGUUGUUUGGAUGUGUUGCAUCAUGGUUAAACUACCAGUCUGCAGAAAAACUACUUGAAUGUAAUGAUUCAGAUACAAUUGAAGAAUACAUGAGUAGCUUAACAGAACAUGUGAUGUCAUUCAUUAGAUACCCAAUGAUUCUUCCUAGACAGAUGGCCCAACUGUUAAUGGUACCUAUUGUCAAACAGAAUAAAGACUUUUUUGUUGAUAAAAUGGCUGCAGCCAUGGAGUAUAAUUUGGUUAAAACUGAAAAACUUUCAGAUACUGAACAUUUAUUAGAAUGUACACCAAGAUUGUACACUUGUGARAGAUGGGGAAAUUCUUUUAGAAUACGCACAAAAACUAUCCAAAACUACCAAUCUAUAAAGCGUGAAAUUGUAACCUGUAGCAAUCUUUUUGACCGAGAAUUUGAACCUAACGAAGAAUCUAAUUGGGGCACAGUACAACAUUUUAAGGGAAUUGGAGUACUUAAGUCAUGUUCAUCAUAA